AUGGCGUACAAAUCUCUAGACUCAAUCACGAGGUCUGAUAUCGAAGCUCUUGGGAUAUCCGGCGAUGUCGCGGAGAGGCUCCUCAGAGAUCUCCAAGAGAUUAUUCGUAAUUACAGUUUCGCCACGCCGCCGGAGACGUGGGUUCAGAUUUCUCGGCGGAUCCUUCACCCUGAUCUCCCUUUCUCUUUUCACCAGAUGCUCUAUUACGGCUGCUACAAGGAUUUCGGACCCGACCCACCCGCUUGGAUACCCGACCCCAAGGUUGCUUCUUUAACCAACGUUGGCGAUUUGCUAGAGAGGCGUGGCAAAGAGUUGUUAGGUGAAAAUUACAAGAAUCCCAUUUCGAGCUUCUCCAGCUUUCAGGAAUUCUCCGUAUCAAAUCCUGAGGUGUAUUGGAGAAUUGUUCUGGAUGAGUUAAACAUAUUGUUUUCAGUACCUCCAAAGUGCAUUCUAGAAAAUGACACCUCUGGAGACAAUCCUGGAGGGAACUGGCUUCCUGGAGCCUACUUGAAUCCCGCAAGAAUCUGUUUGGCCAAUGGUCUCAACAGAAGAUCGGAAGACGUUGCGAUCCGAUGGCGUGACGAAGGAAGCGAUGAUCUUCCGGUCAACACCAUGACACUUGUCGAGUUACGAGCACAGGUCUGGUUAGCUGCACAUGCUCUCAAUGCCUUGCGUUUGGAGGAAGAGUCUGCGAUUGCGGUUGAUAUGCCGAUGAAUGUUGAGUCUGUGGUUAUAUACCUUGCCAUUGUCUUAUCAGGCCACGUAGUUGUUUCCAUAGCUGAUAGUUUCUCUCCUCAAGAAAUAUCAACACGGCUUAAGAUCUCAAAAGCAAAAGCCAUAUUUACUCAGGAUGUGAUCAUUCGUGGUGAUAAAAAUAUUCCACUCUAUAGAAGAGUUGUUGAUGCAGAAGCACCUGUGGCUAUUGUUAUCCCAGCGAGAGGCUCUAGCAUCAGUGUGAACCUGCGUGAGAAUGAUUUGUCUUGGAACGACUUUCUUGGAAAAGCAAGAAAUUUGAGAGGCGUGGAAUAUGUAGCCGUAGAGAAACCAGCGGGAGCUUACACGAACAUCCUGUUUUCAUCAGGAACCACAGGUGAGCCAAAGGCUAUUCCAUGGACGAACAUAUCUCCACUGAAAUCUGCUGCUGAUGCUUGGUGCCACUUGGAUGUUCACCGGGGAGAUGUUGUUGCUUGGCCGACCAACCUUGGGUGGAUGAUGGGUCCGUGGCUCGUUUAUGCUUCCUUGAUUAAUGGGGCUUGCAUGGCUUUAUACAAUGGAUCACCUCUUGGUCCUUCCUUUGCCAAGUUUGUGCAGGAUGCAGAGGUUACAGUGCUGGGCGUGAUACCAAGCAUUGUUCGGACAUGGAAAAACUCAAACUCUUCUUCUGGUUAUGAUUGGUCACGAAUCCGUUGUUUUGGUUCGACUGGUGAAGCUUCGAAUGUAGACGAGUAUCUAUGGCUGAUGGGGAGAGCUCAUUUCAGCCCUGUAAUCGAGUAUUGUGGCGGAACUGAGAUUGGAGGCAGUUUCAUCGCAGGCUCUUUGCUUCAGCCUCAGUCGCUUGCUGCUUUUAGCACCGCUGCUAUGGGUUGCAAGCUUUUCAUUCUUGGUGAAGAUGGCAAUCCUCUUCCUCCAAAUGUAGAGGGAGUGGGCGAAUUGGCUCUUCAUCCUCACGUGUUUGGAGCUUCAAGCACUCUCCUGAACGGAAACCACUACAAAGUUUACUUCAAAGGAAUGCCAACCUUCCAAGGACAGAUUUUACGAAGACACGGAGAUUUGUUUGAACGGACUUCAAGAGGAUAUUACCGUGCUCACGGACGUGCUGAUGACACAAUGAAUCUUGGUGGCAUAAAGGUCGGUUCUGUUGAGAUCGAGCGAGUUUGUAACUCCGUUGAUGAUAGUAUCUUGGAGACAGCAGCCAUCGGUGUACCGCCUCUCAAUGGCGGUCCUGAGCAGCUAGUAAUUGCUGUUGUGUUCAACAGUCCAGAGUUGGCAAAUCACGACUUGAGCCUCUUGAAGAAGUCUUUCAACUCUGAGAUACAAAAGAAACUUAAUCCACUGUUCAAGGUAUCGUCUGUAGUGACUCUGCCGUCUCUGCCGAGGACGGCUACAAAUAAGGUUAUGAGAAGGCCAUUGUUCAUCCUUACCGGAGGACUAGGCGAAAGUGAACCAAACGACGUCGGUCAAUCCGACGGAGCAACCAUGUCCUCGUCUCUUCUUCUCUCCGGUUCUACAGUCUCUUCUCCGUUUAUCGCUCCAUCGAAGCCUUCUCUAUCACGAAACCCCAAUAAGUCACUGUUACCAUUUCGGAAUGUUUCAAGAAGCUUCAAAAUCCCUAGGUGCGCCGUUGAUUCCCCAUACGGAGGAGGCAACGCCCCAACGUUCCCGAGGACGAGAGUUUGGGAUCCAUACAAGCGUUUAGGAAUCAGUCCGUAUGCUUCCGAGGAAGAAAUCUGGGCCUCUCGUAACUUUCUCUUGGAGCAGUACGCUGGACACGAGAGAAGCCAAGAGUCGAUAGAAGGCGCCUUUGAGAAGCUUCUCAUGUCAAGUUUCAUCAAGAGGAAGAAGACUAAGAUCAAUCUCAAAACAAAGCUGAAGAAGAAAGUCGACGAGUCUCCUCCGUGGCUCAAAGCUCUGUUAGAUUUUGUUGAAAUGCCUCCGAUGGACACUAUCUUCAGAAGACUGUUCCUCUUUGCCUUCAUGGGUGGUUGGAGUAUCAUGAACUCUGCAGAAGGCGGUCCUGCCUUUCAGGUGGCGGUCUCGUUGGCUGCUUGCAUAUAUUUCUUGAAUGAGAAGACGAAGAGCUUGGGGAGAGCUUGCUUGAUCGGAAUUGGUGCUUUAACGGCUGGGUGGUUCUGCGGUUCGCUGCUCAUUCCAAUGAUUCCGACGUUUCUCAUUCAGCCGACAUGGACACUCGAGCUCUUGACAUCAUUGGUUGCUUAUGUGUUUUUGUUUCUUUCUUGUACUUUCCUCAAGUAA